CUGAGCGCUUUCAUGUGGCGUUGCGGUUGUGAGCUGAGCGCUUUCGCUUCACCUGCUGUGGGCUCGCUCUUUAUUCCCCCUCCACGCAGAGGAAGUCACUCCCACGCACCGAGGCGAUGGCGGAAGGGUCCUGAGCUGGAACGGACACCGGACUGCUUUUCUUCUCCACCUGUACCGGGACUAGACGCCGGGUUUCCGACAGGCGAUGCAGAAUGACUGAGAUGAUUGAGGUGUCGAUUCCCUCUCUGCACAGGGAAGUGGACGAGGCAGGGAAGUCACGGAAACUCUUCAGGGUGGAGAUUUUGUUCAAUGGAAGGAAGCACUAUGUUCUGCGUCGGCAGAGCGAUUUCCAGAUGUUGCACCGGAAGCUCAAGAAGAUCCUGCAGCCACCUGAAUUCCCCAGCAAGAGGACCCAGCUGCGUGCUAAACCUAUGGAGCAGAGACGGCAGGAGCUGGAGGACUACAUACAGGUGAUCCUGUACAAGAACGAAGUGGUUCCUCAGGAGCUGCUGGAUUUCCUGGAGGUGAAACACUUCCACACGGCAAAUAAGAUCUGCAGUUAUCGUGAAGAACAGCAGAAAGACGCACAACAACGGGGGAACAGCAGUGAGCUGCUCCAUCAGAGAGUGGUGGGUUUCUCAUGUGAUCCCUAUCUCCUUGCUUCAGAGUCAGAUCUACCGGAUAUAGUUGUCGCUGGUGUCCUGCAGGGUUUUUUCCCCAGAGACAAUAAGGUGGGAUUUAGGACGUGUUCCAAGCCCAGUAUUCAACAUGUUACCAGACUUCCUUCUAUCCCCUCUAUUGUCCUAGACCGAGGCAGCCUGAGCUCCUUGCCAGAAGUGCAGGCAACCUGAGACACUGGACAGGAACCCUUUUCCAACACUGACCAGGCUUCCUGCUUUUGAGACCUUGACUGGUGGGCAUGGUGCUUUUUUUUUUUUUUUCUUAUUCAGAUAAAAACCCCUCAGAAAUUGAUAUGGCUUCCAUGAGCGUCAUUUCUGUAAGGAAUGAAUCGGGGGGGAAGCAAACACUGUUUGGAAUGUGGAGUGUUCUGGAGGUUUGGUAUCUCUCACUUACUCACGCACUUUCAGUAUGUGCUUUAUGGAGGAGCACCAGGUGUGAGGCAGGAAUACACCCUGGACGAGACAGCAGUCACUGAGCACCAUGCAUGCGUGCACACACACACCUUUAUCUUCGCCAAUCCAAAUACCAGCAUGUUUUAGGAAGCUGGAAAGAAACUGGAGAACCCAAAGGAAACCCACAUAAGGAGAACGCUCUCAUGAAUCCAAAUUCAGGAUCAAACCCCGGAGAUGUGAGGGUGCAACGCUACCUACUGGACCACUGUGCCAUGUUGUAUCAAAAAAACAGUACACUGAGUUUGAUUUAUGAUCACAUGAAUUAAGUUAAAAAUUUUUUUUUAAAGCUUUACUAAAAUUUGAGAAAGUAAAAAAAUGUGAACCCUGAGCAUAAUUCAAUAAACAUAAUUUAUAUUACAGAAUGUUUCAUGUAAUUUUGACCAGAGUAGAAUGAAAUUGUUUAAAAAUUUAAAAUGGUUCCUUUUAGAAAAGUAAAUAAAGGAAAAAUUUAGUCCACCACAUUACCUCUAUACCAUAUUUGCACACCCCUGAUAUGCAGAGGAUCCUCAAGCACAUGAAGAGGCUUCUAAAUAAAUAUAUUACGUUCAUUAUGUCUUCUUCUUAAAUCAGAAUAAUUAGUUUUUCUUUUGUUUCAGACAUGUAAAAGCUUUUUACCUUU